AACCUUUCACUUACAGUUCUAUUUUCCCACUUUUCAUAUAAUUAUAAAUACCUCACGAUCCAUACUUUUAGACUACUCGUAUUACUCUGAAGCAAAAAAGAGCAAACAGAAGAAGCAUAUCCCACACAGAUGGCAACAUGCAUAGACGAAAGAGAAGAUAAAGCUCCCAUGCACGGGGAUAUCUUAGAGGCCAUAUUCUCGCACGUGCCACUCAUCCACCUCGUGUCAGCUUCCCACGUGUCGCAUGAAUGGAAGCGUGCGAUCUCCACCUCCCUCCGCUACGUCAACCCCGCCAAGCCCUGGCUCACCGUGCACAUCCAGAGCCCCCGUGCCCCACACGUGACCGCCACCUUCGCCUUUGACCCACGCUCCCGAGAAUGGUUUGAAAUCCACGCGCCGAGUCCCAACCACAUCACCGCCCUUCGCGCGUCGCACUCCACGCUCCUCUACAUGCUCUCUCCCCGCGAAUUCACCUUCUCCCUCGACCCCCUCAGACUCACCUGGCACCACGCGCGCCCCCCACGUGUGUGGCGCACCGACCCCAUCGUCGCGCGCGUGGGAAGCCACAUCAUCCUCGCCGGCGGCGCGUGUGACUUCGAGGACGAACCUCUAGCGGUGGAAGCGUACGACCCGGAGUCACUCGCGUGGCUCCGUUGCGAGCCCAUGCCGGAGAUUCUCAAAGGCUCAACCGCCUCCACGUGGCUCGCCGUCGCCGUCUCCGGAGACAAGAUGCACGUGACGGAGAAAAAAUCCGGCGUGACGUACUCGUUCGACUGCGGCACAAUGACGUGGCAGGGACCGUACAAUUUACGUCCGAGUGAGAACGUUUUCUACUGCGUAACGGGAACGAUACGCGGUCGUUUAAUGGUGGCGGGAUUAGUUGGGGACGCGGAGAACGUGAAGGAGGUGAAGUUGUGGGAAGUGAAAGGGGAAUUAGGGUUAGGGUUAAGGUAUUGGUGUGAGGAAAUAGGAGCGAUUCCGAAGGAGAUGGUGGUGAGGUUAGUAAUGGGUGAAGGGGAUUGUUGUUGUUGUUGUUGGGGUGUGGUGGGGUCCAUUGAGGUGCAUUGGGUUGGGGAUUAUGUGUAUUUUCAGAACCGGAUGGAAAUGGAGAUGGUGGUGUGUGAGGUUGUGAAUGGAAGGUGUGAGUGGUGGAGCGUGAGGAAUGUGGCGGGGAAUGACGUGAGUCGCAUGGGGAGAAUGGUGUUCUGUGGUGGACAUGUGGGGCUUGAGGAUUUGAAGAGGGCGAUUAAGGAUAAUUGUACGUUUGUGGAGAAAAAGUAACGUACGUGUGGGGUUUUGACUUUUGACUUUUGAGAGCUGAAACUAUUCAAGGAAAAGGAUGAGGAAAUGGGUGGAGUGCUUGCUUGUGCUUCAGUUUUUUUUUUUUCCUGGUAGUGAAAAAUUUAGGAAAUGGAAUGGUGUUUCAAUUCGAGACAGAUCAAGUCUGUUUGAUUUUGUCCUUUCAGAGGUUUCAGACGACAUUGCAUGCUUUCUCAAACACGGCAGAGAACAACAAUGUUGAUGUUAGUUACUUUCCUAAGUUUUCAUAUUAAAA